CGCCGCCGCUUCCCCUGCAGGCGUCUCCCACCCUUCGCUCUCGCCGAGGAUCUGCGGCGCAUCUAAUUGAAGAUGGAGCUGGCAACUUCGAUGGAAGGCAUCCACGCGCGCGCGAGGGAGCUGGGGGUCGACCUCGACUCCGUCGAUCUCGACUCCAUCACCCUCCCGCCCGGCGAGAACUUCGACAUCGUCAGCGACGACGAGGAUUUGCUUCAAAAUGAAGACAUUCCAGAGCUUGAAAUGGGUUUCUCAAACAUUAUUGUCGUGGACAAUCUUCCGGUUGUUCCCCCAGAGAAGUAUGAGAAGCUGGAAAAUGUUGUACGCAAGAUCUAUAGUCAGAUUGGUGUGAUCAAGGAAGGUGGUCUUUGGAUGCCCACGCACCCAGAGACACAGAAGACAUACGGCUACUGCUUCAUCGAGUAUAAUACCCCCCAGGAAGCCGAAGUUGCUAGGGAAAAAACAAAUGGGUACAAACUUGACAAGUCUCACAUAUUUGCUGUUAAUAUGUUCGAUGACUUCGAGAAGUACAUGAAGGUCCCUGAUGAAUGGGCACCUGCUGAAAUCAAGCCAUACACUCCUGGAGAAAAUCUGCUGAAGUGGCUAACCGAUGAUAAGGCCAGAGAUCAGUUUGUGAUCCGUGCUGGUACGUUCACGGAAGUGUACUGGAACGAUGCCCGGCGGUUGAUUCCUGAGCUCGUGUACCAAAAGCAGUACUGGACGGAUAGUUAUAUUCAAUGGUCCCCUCUUGGAACACACUUGGCCACAGUGCAUAGGCAGGGCGCACAGGUGUGGGGUGGUGACGAUAAGUUCGUUCGUCUAAUGCGGUUUGCUCAUCCACAGGUGAAAUUGAUCGAUUUCUCUCCUGGUGAGAAAUAUUUGAUCACAUAUAGCAGCCAAGAGCCCAGCAACCCUCGAGAUACACAUAGGGUUUUGUUAAAUAUAUUUGAUGUAAGGACUGGAAAAGUAAUGCGGGACUUCAAGGGAAGUGCUGAUGAGUUCACUUCCGGUGGCAGUAUGGGUGUUUCUGGUGUUUCAUGGCCUGUCUUCAGGUGGGGCGGUGGGAAAGAUGAUAAAUAUUUUGCUAGACUUGGGAAGAAUGUUAUAUCUGUCUAUGAGACCGAGACGUUUUCUCUUCUGGAUAAGAAAUCUUUGAAGGUAGAAAAUGUGGUUGACUUCAGUUGGUCGCCCACUGAUCCUAUCAUAUCCCUGUUUGUGCCUGAAUUGGGUGGUGGAAAUCAGCCUGCCAGGGUGAGCCUUUUCCAAAUGCCUGGCAAAGAGGAGAUACGGCAGAAAAACCUGUUCAGUGUCAGUGACUGCAAGAUGUAUUGGCAGAACAAUGGAGAAUAUCUGGCUGUUCAGGUAGAUAGGUAUACAAAAACAAAGAAGAGUAUUUACACUGGGUUUGAGUUGUUCAGAAUCAAGGAACGAGACAUCCCAAUUGAGGUAUUUGAACUGGAAAACAAGAAUGACAAGAUAAUUGCCUUUGCAUGGGAGCCCAGAGGUCACCGCUUUGCUGUUAUUCACGGUGAUGGACCUAAGCCUGAUAUAAGUUUCUACGCUAUGCGCACAGUCAAAGACGGUGUUAGCGUUAGCCGUGUGGCCAAGCUUGCCACACUCAAGGGAAAGCAGGCCAAUUCAUUGUUCUGGUCUCCUGCUGGCCGUUUCAUUGUUCUUGCGGGCCUGAAGGGUUUUAAUGGCCAGCUGGAGUUCUUCAACGUUGAUGAUCUUGAGACCAUGGCUACAGGAGAGCAUUUCAUGGCGACUGACAUCAUGUGGGACCCUACUGGAAGAUUUCUUGCAACUGCAGUUACCUCAGUUCAUGAGAUGGAAAAUGGUUUUGUAAUCUGGUCAUUCAAUGGCAAGCAAAUUUACAAGAUCUCAAAGGAUCACUUCUAUCAGUUCCAAUGGCGCCCAAGGCCACCGUCACUUCUUACUCCUGAGAAGGAGGAGGAAAUCGCGAAGAACCUCAAGAGGUACAGCAAGAAGUAUGAACAAGAGGAUCAGGACGUGCACAACCAGGUGGACGAGGCAGAGCGUAAGAGACGGAUGCAGCUGCAAGAGGAUUGGGAAGGAUGGCUUGCUAAGUGGAAGCAGCUGCACGAGGAGGAGCGAUCAUACAGGAUGGAACUGCGGGGUGGGGAGGACAGCGACAAGGAAGAAGAGACGGAAAUUAAGGAGAUUGAGGCGGAGGAGUUGGUGGAUGUCACAGAAGAAACCGUUGCCUUUGAUCUGGACCAGGAUUGAAGCACAAAAAUCCUAUGCUAGUCUCCUUGAGUGUUCAUUUCUGCCUGUUGUGUAAAAUUGCUGUAGUUUUGCAUGAUAGGCUACAUAGAUCAAGCGCAUAAUUUGUUGAUCUUCCUACUAGUGUAUUGUACACUUCGCUUAUAUCUUCCGGAGAUAAAUUUUGUGGUUGGAAUGCUAAUCAUCAUUGUCCGUUUCUGCAAAA